CCAAACCCAAAAGUCAUACCAACCAACGCAUUUACUCCAACCUCAAGACCAAGAAGACAACAUCCACACAAAUGGCCGACCGUCGUCCCGGGCCCAACUUCAAACCAGCUGCUCCCUCGCGAACUGCGCCUCCUCCACACACCGGACUUUCCUCCGCCGGAGCAGGAGCGGGAGCGGGCGCAAGAGUCGGAGCAUCCGUCCGCCGCAACCUGUUCCAACAGCCACAAUCACAACCAGCCCAUGCAUCCCGACAGCCCACUGUUGUUCCAGAUACUCAGUCUCAAGGACACUUUCAAUCCCAACAAUCCUUUCAGUCUCAGACCUUUCAGACCUCUCACUCUCAAAUCCACCAGAGCAACUUUCAGUCACAUAUACCUCACCCACAAGCUUCUUACCUCACCCAACCUUCUUCCUACUCCGACUCCUACCCCUACCCCCAAGAUCUUCUCAGUCAACAACACCAACAACUACCACAACACCACGAAGAAGACACCAAAAUGACCUCUUCACAAGAAUCCCCACCCUUAACCGACGUCAUCACAGACCCCAACCUCGAAAUAGUCAUCCGCGACAAAGAAACUGGAGAAAUUGACUUGGGCCACGACCCUCCCACGCCCCCCUACGACGAGGAGAUGGAAACGAUCAUGGAGGCCCGAAUGGAGCAGGAGAAGGAAAGGGAGAGGUUGGCGGAUGCGGUGAGGGAGUGGUUGACGGAGCACGAGGCAGAGGGGAGGGGGGAUGUUGGGCCAGAGGGGGCUGGAGGAGGAGGGGGAGGAGAAGGUGCUGGUGGGGGAGGAGGGGGUGGGAUGGAUACUGAAGAUCUCCUGGAGGCAGUCAAGGCGAGCUUGAAGGCCAAGGUCGCGGCGUUAUCGGAAGAUAAUUGGAUGUUUGAGAGAGAGGAGGUACUUCAUUUGCACUGA